AUGAUUACUGAUUCUGAUCUUUUGGUUGGUGUUAAAUUGGCAAAACCAACUAAUAAAACAUUUUUUAGGGGCUUGAACAAUACCUCUAAUGGCAACGACACUAACAACACUUCCAAUGACUCACCUAAAUUCAUAGAUCACAGCCAGGAUACCGAUUUAUCCCUUACAAAAGAAGACGGUGACGGCAAAGUGAAUAUCUGGGAUCAUAUAAGCUCAUUGGAGAAGAAGAACCUGUGUUUGAACUGUGAGAAACACCAUUUUAAAAACAAGGAUAUAAAAAUAUGCAUAAAAUGUUCUAGAAUUUGUAAGCGCCUAAAGUGUAUUCACUGCAAAGAGGAGUUUGCCGCUCACAAAUUUUGUAAGAAAGCUGAAAAGAUCUAUAAAAGAACUCUAUGUCUAAAUUGUGCCAAGAACAUUGCCACUUACAAUAGUGACCCUAAACUCUGCCGAUACUGCAACUGCUGGGCCUCUUGGCGUGAAACAUCUGAAUGUGACCGCUGCUUUAAAUUCCUGGAGAAGUUUGGAAACCCAACAAACUGUGAAAUGUGUAACAAAAACUCCUCCUUCAACACUGAAAACAACUUGAACAAGAUUUACAACAACCUUAAACUUUGCUAUCUUUGCAUUUACGAGUUUAAAAAGAACGACUACUACAUAAAAAAGAAGUUUAAAAAGGAAAAGAAGUCCCAAGACGACCCUUCAGAAAGUAAUUCAACCCAUUAA